UAUAUGUUGCAACCUUUAAGUACUUUGAUCACGGAAAAUAACGGAAACUCACGAAAAUUAAAGUUGUCGUAAAACAAGAAUGGAGGAGAACGACAUCGAACCAGAAACCGAUAAGAUUGGCCGAUUUCAGGAAACAGGAGAAGUACGUGAAAUUCAUGAGAUUAUUAUUAAGGAUGAGGUUGAUGAUGAUGUUCAUGUGUGUCGCAGGUGUAAUAUGGUAUUCUAUAACAUCCAGAAGUACCUCGAACAUAAAGUUAAACACGAUAAUUUCAAGGUGAAGUAUUCCAAGUCUGAUGUAGAUAAGAGGAUGAUUAUGCCCACACUGAUCCAGAGACAGGUGCGAGGAAAGAAGGAAAGGGUUGUAACUCAUCAUGCUGGCCAAGAUAGUGAGAAAGAAAAUGAUCAACAAACAAAAACAGGAAAAAGAGGGAAACGUAAACUUAAUGAGAUACACAACCAGAAUCUUGUCAUUACUGAAAGACCAGCGUAUAUCUGCUCAAAAUGUGAUAGAAAAUUUAAUAGAGAAGCUUCACUGAAACGUCACACUGAGUAUGAUCAUAAAGAAGAUAGCGAUGAUGAUGAUGAUGAUGAGGCAGGUGAUGAUGACUAUGAUGAUGAUAGAGACAAGGAGUAUAGACCUAAUUUAGAAGCAAUUAAGGAGGAGAUAGCGGAGGAUGAGGAGGCCGAGGAAGAAAUGCAGCAACAAGCUGCUCCCGAGAUGGACAGUUUAGACCAGGUCAUCAUGGCAGCUGCCCUCGUAGAGAAAGCUGAGGCUAGUCAACAAGUACAGGGUUCGGAUGAGAUACAAGUCAGUGUGCAUGAUGAAACAGGUGCAGUAGUCAAAGAAGAUUUAGUAGUCAUUGCAACACCAGGAAAUAAUAGCUAUAGAAUAGCUCCUAAACCAAACAAUCAACCAGCUAAACGACAAAAACUGAUGUAUGAUGAUAAAGCCAGUAGAAGAUUUAUGUGCAAUAUUUGUGACAACAAAUUUAAAGAGCUUGCAGUAUUAAAAGCACAUAUGUUAACACAUACAAACAAGCGCCAAUAUCCUUGUAUGUAUGAGGGGUGUACUUAUGCCUUCAAGACCAAGGGAUCUUUAAAAAGACAUUCAAGACGGCAUACGGGAGAACGUCCAUACCCCUGUGAGUUGUGUGGCCGCACAUUCACUGAAUCUGGUGCUCUUACAAGACAUCUCAAGUCGAGAACUCCAUGCACAUCUAAGUCUGAUGAUGAUCUGCCGAGAUAUCGUAAAAAAUGGUCUGUGGGUACCAAUGUUCCUGCAUCAGUGGCAGCAAUGGUGAAUAAAGACCAAAACGAGAACCAGUCCCUACAAGUUGAUCAAGAUAAUUUUGUAUCAGUUAUAAACAUACAGCAGUUAGAUACAGUGGAAGGUGAGGAGGAGGAUGAGGAACAACUGUCUAACAUUCAUACAGUAUCUGAUGUUCUAGAUAACACUGUACACAAUGACGAGAACAAACACCUGUUUGAUGAGGCAAGUGCUGGUGUAGAAGUUGUGAUAGCAGAUGGUGUAGAGACAAUUAUAGAAGAUGAAAAUAUCCAGCAGUUUGUACAUUCAGAGACUGUCAGUCAAUCCUCAGCUAGUGUUUGUAAAGUGUGUAAUGAAGAAUAUUUAUCAUUGGAAGCAUUAAGAAUUCAUUUACGUACACAUUUAGCAGAAGACACCUGUAAAUGUCAGUUAUGUCAUUAUAUCACUGACAAUAAAGAAGACUUUGAGAAUCACAUGUUUCUUCAUCAUCAUGUUCAAAUCAGAAGCAGUGAUCCUUUAACUGAUUUAGUAUCAACAAGAGCAGAGCAAAAUGACACCAGUAAAGAUGGAGAUAGCUUAAUUGGAGAUGCUAAAACUGCUUUGAAACAAUUAAUGGAGCUACCACAGGAUGAUGUGGAAAGUGAAACACAUAGAGAAUUAUCUGGCAAUUCAUACAAAUGUCCUGUUUGUAAUAAACAAUUCCGGGGAAGUAACUACCUCAAACUUCACAUGAGAAAUCAUACAGGUUUACGUCCACAUAAGUGUACCAAAUGUGAGAGAUCUUUUAUUACCCGAGAUACGCUGAAGAAACAUAUGGCUACUCAUAUAGAAGAUCGGAACUUUAAGUGCGGAGAAUGUGGUAAACUGUUUAAAAGGUUGUCACAUGUUCGAGAACACAUCAAAAUUCACUCAGGAGUUAGACCUUUCCCAUGCAACUUUUGUGAAAAGACUUUCAAAACAAAUAAUGCAAUGAAAGUACAUCUCCGCACACACACAGAUAUCCUGCCUUAUGAGUGUUCAUUUUGUCACCGUCGAUUUCGAGAGAAGGGCUCAGUUGUACGCCACAUGAGGAUGCAUACUGGAGAGAAACCCUACGAGUGCCAGUUUUGUGGUCGUCGCUUUGCUGAACAUGGAACACUCAACAGACAUCUCAAAGCUAAAGUAUCAUGUAAGAAGCAGAUUGUGAUGAUGAAGGAUUAUGAAGAUGAGGAUGACACAGAUUAUACUGUCCUGGCCGAAUUCUCCUCCGUCGUAGCUGAUACACAACAAUAUAUAGUACCUCAUGAAGAGGCUGACGGGGAGGAUGAAAAACAAGAGGAAGUCACUCAGGAAACAGAUGAUUCAAGACAGACAGCAGAGAUUGUUGUUGUUCAGACAGGGGAUAUGGAGGCACAUAGAGAGAAUGUCGAGAUAGAAAAUGUUGAAGUAGUUACUGGGGAUGGUGAGGAAACAUCUGUGGUGGAAGCAGUACAAGUGACAGAUGAUUAUCUUGUGAUCACAGAUGAAAGUAAUGCUGUGAUGAGAGUAUUAGACAGAACUACUGGAGAAACUGUAGCUAUUGUCCCUAUGGCAAACAUGGAUAACUCAGAUAAUCAGGUUCAGACUAUCACUAUGUCGGAGGAAGGAGAAGUUUCUACAGUGACUAUGGUACCAAAUACGUGUGAAGAUGUUAGUGAGAUGGUUACAAUUGCUCAACUUAUAGAAGGAGAUGACGGUCUUGUACAUGAUAUAGAAACAGAAGAUGGUAUAACAACACAUGUUAUACAAACAGUUAACCAGUCAGAGGAAGAACAAGGUGACACAAUUACACAAUGUGUCGAAAAUAAUAUAGAUGAAAGUGAACUGAUUGAAAAUGAAACAAUAGAAACAAAAGAUUCCUAGCAAGAAAAUGUUUUGUCAUUUUGUGAAAACCAGUUUUAAUUUAUUUCAUUGUUUUGAUUUUCUUUGUUUUUGGUUAAUAGAUUUAUGUUCAUGUUCACAUUAAUUGAUAUGUGAUUAUGUUUUCAACCAGGUUUAUUACAAUCAACUGCAAGAUUAUUGCAUCAAAUAAAGGUAAAAAAAUGUUCAAACAUUGUC